AGAGAGAGAGAGAGAGAGAGAGAGAGAGAGAAAGGGGAACAGAGGGGAGAAAAUUAGGGUGUGUUAAAAAGGAGGGGAAAGUUUGGUGAGAAUAAAAGAAGACGCUGAUGUGGAGAGAAAGAGAGCGAGAAUGUGAGUUAAGAAAAGCACAAAGAAGAGUGAAGAGCAGAAAGAGACAUUAGAUAUCUUAUUAUUCUUCAAUUCAGAGAUGAUAUCAUUCUGCUGGAAUUGGGCAGCUCUGCUCCUUCUACUAGUACUGACCCCUGACCUGCUUCCCACCCACCUCAUCAACACCCAACCCCUCCUCACACACGCCAUUCCCACCUCCCCAACGGUCACACACCCCAAGAUCCAAUAUGUUACCGGUGUGGGCUUUGACUACGAUGAAGAUGACUACACUGAAGAGAAUGCUUCCCAUUCCCCUCCCAAUUACAGCAAAACCUCAUCAGCUUCUACUCUGGUUCCGAUGCAGCCCAAGCCCUGUGACUACCACCCCUGCCAGGACAACCAGAUGCCCUGCUCCCAGCUCUCUGCCCAGACCAGGUGCCUCUGCCCUGGGCUAAGCGGGGAAGACGAGCCCCCUCACGCGCCACACCUCCAGAAGCUAGUGCCAGGCACUGAUGGAGGGGCAGAGGUACGGUGGUGCGCUCCAGCCUCUGUGGUAUCUGGAUACCGGGUCGUGAUUGAAGAUCGAAAGGGAGCGCCUCUCCAGUUCAGGGGUGAUUCUCGGAGCGGGGUGCUGGGGGAACUAGAGGCAGGUGUCAAGGUGUGUGUGGAGGCGGUGAACAUAGCGGGAACCAGCGCCCCCUCGGAGCUCUCCUGCCUGCGCUACGACCCCCCUGAGGCCACCAACCUGGCCCUAAGGGUGGGGGUCAUCGGAGGGGGGCUGGGAUUUCUCCUGCUCCUCUCCUUGGUCGCCCUGGUCCUCUGGAGGCGACAGACGUGUAAAACAGGGCAAAACUCUGCCGAGGGGCUGGGGAACCCCUCCUACAGCACGGAGGGAACGCUGUGAUACAAUUCUGUGUAGCAGAGAAUGUAAGAGUAAAGUAACUGGGAUGGGACAGAGACAACAUGGCUUCCCUCACCACCACAGUGAUUAGGUUGUUCAGAAUUCUGCGCUUAGGAAAAUGGAAAUUAAUGAUAACUUUUGACUUUAGUGGACUAAAUAACCCUAACAAAAGCUUAAGAAGCUUUGUGACUAAAGAGACUGCAGGUUGUUUGCUGGCAAAUUAACUUGUGUACAGUGGUGAUUUUAACAUGUAAAUCUUGGUGGGGCAAAAAAAUGGGAUGUGCAUGCCUGCAAAGCCAUUACACUACACGACACAACACAACACUAAACAAUACAUUAAUUGCACUAUAACGGUGACAAACGGUACCCAUAAACUGUUAGGGCCUACAUAAAGCUGUCCCAACAGCAGUCCCAACGUCUCACCACUGCUACA